UAGGAACAGGAUAGAUCUGUUAGAGCUGUACUGAAGCUGUUGUGAGUUAGGAGAAAAGCAGGGCUGUGCUGAAGCUGUUGUGAGUUAGGAUGAAAGCUGGACUGUACUGAAGCUGUUGUGAGUUAGGAUGAAAGCUGGACUGUACUGAAGCUGUUGUGAGUUAGGAUGAAAGCUGGACUGUACUGAAGCUGUUGUGAUUUAGGAUGAAAGCUGGACUGUACUGAAGCUGUUGUGAGUUAGGAUGAAAGCUGGGCUGUACUGAAGCUGUUGUGAGUUAGGAGGAAAGCAGGGCUGUGCUGAAGCUGUUGUGAGUUAGGAGGAAAGCAGGGCUGUGCUGAAGCUGUUGUGAGUUAGGAGGAAAGCUGGACUGUACUGAAGCUGUUGUGAGUAGGAGGAAAGCUGGGCUGUACUGGAGCUGUUGUAAGUUGUGAGUUAGGAGGAAAGCUGGGCUGUACUGAAGCUGUUGUGAGUUAGGAUGAAAGCAGGGCUGUGCUGAAGCUGUUGUGAGUUAGGAGGAAAGCAGGGCUGUACUGGAGCUGUUGUGAGUUGUGAGUUAGGAGGAAAGCUGGGCUGUACUGAAGCUGUUGUGAGUUAGGAUGAAAGCAGGGCUGUGCUGAAGCUGUUGUGAGUUAGGAGGAAAGCAGGGCUGUACUGGAGCUGUUGUGAGUUGUGAGUUAGGAGGAAAGCUGGGCUGUACUGAAGCCUCAGACAAGUGGACAUUGUUCAGGCUUAGUGAGACGUCACAUGUGGCACAGAUAGAGGCUGACAGCUUGCUCAGGCCAGGCUGAUGUCAAAUCCUGGAUCUGCAGGACACAGAGACAGGCGGACCACAACAUGGGCUUGCUGUCCGUUCUGAGAAAACUGAAACACUCUCCAGAUCAAGAAGUGCGUAUCCUGCUGCUGGGAUUGGACAAUGCAGGCAAAACCACGCUGCUUAAACAGCUGGCAGCAGAGGACAUCAGUCACAUUACACCUACACAGGGCUUCAACAUAAAGAGCGUUCAGUCUCAGGGAUUUAAACUGAAUGUCUGGGACAUCGGGGGCCAGAGGAAGAUCCGACCUUACUGGAGGAAUUACUUUGAGAAUACAGAUCUUCUGAUUUAUGUGAUCGACAGCGCAGACAGGAAACGGCUUGAGGAGACAGGCCAGGAACUGGCUGAACUACUUGAAGAGGAGAAGUUAAGUAUGGUGCCAUUGUUAAUUUUUGCCAACAAACAAGAUUUGAUGACUGCAGCGUCUGCAUCCGAACUGGCAGAGGGGCUCAGCCUGCACACCAUUAGAGACCGAAUAUGGCAGAUCCAGCCCUGCUCUGCUGUCAGUACUGAAGGAGUACAGGAUGGCAUGGCGUGGUUAUGCAAAAAUAUCCCAACCAGGACCAGAUGAAUUACAUUACAACACUAGAGAGCGGCAUCUCUCCAGCGUUUGCUCUUUGAGGUUCUCUCCUAGCUGUUGCUGUGUUGCUGAAGUGACUUAGACAAAGGCAGAGAGAAGUCAGGUAACUUGUACUUCAUACAGUUUAGUGAGUGUUACAAAAGUGACUUCAGGAACAGACAGAUAAAAGUUAUUCAGUGCAGUAGGCUGCUGUUGCUGUAAUGCACAGGCUCAAUAUUAGCACUCAGUAAAUUCAUUUCAUAUACAAUUGUCUCUGGACUCUGAACCAUAACACGGCAAUGAUUUUCUUUCUGCAGAAUCAAAUUAUAAUAAAAGUCACUUGCUAAAAUACUUCAUAUUGAGCUUGUUGCCACCCUCUCGCGUGCUGUACAUACAUCACAGUCCAAAACAGUUUAUCGAGCAAAGCGCACAAUCUGAACAAACCUCCAGCCAUACUUGUGUGUACAGCAAUUUCUCGCCCGUGCGUCCCUCUUGCAUAUACGAUAAAUCAAACGCAGACUCCACAACUAUUCAAUUACCCGAGUUCUCACCUUGUUCGCUAUGAUUUACCACGAGGUGCGGGCACCCCCUAUGCUGCGCAGCCUUUCACCGAGGACUAUAGUAAUCGGCUUGGGAUGAGUGCCCCACCAGCCUCUUAUAGGACAUUUACAUACAGCCCCUUCUCCCAAGCCCCCCUAAUAGAUGCCCAAUAGCAUUUGCAUUUAUAUAGCCCACUUCAUAGCGACACGAUUUGGGUGCUUUGCUGUGAUGAAAACAAACUUGGGCCCGGCCUUGACUCACACGGGGCAGGCCGCCGCCGUGCCCUUCUCUCCAUAUGCAGCAGGCCCCCCGGUUCCCCUUUAAUAACGGCCCGGUCUGAUUGAGAGAGAGAGGGCAGCACAGCGAGACCCCCUCAAGGUGAAUCAGCAGUCUGCACUCCGCGUCCACAAAGACAGAUGGUCAGUAGGAGAAAAUUGUUUAUUUGCAUAGGCAAGAAAAUAGCAUCGGUCAGUACAACACGAGAAAAUAGCCAUGUGGGAGCAAACCCUACUGAUGUGCUUCUGAUGAUGUCAGCCUUCAGAGGUUAAACCUUGAAACUGCAGGUUUAUUAAUAUUAAAGCAGCAGUCCAUAAGAUUCUUUCUUUCACACUGAAAGAAGUAGUAUUCCUGAUUUGGAAGGGGAGAAAAUAUUCUAAUUAAUAUUAUCUGUGUCCUGGCACAACCCUUCCUACAAUGUCAAAUAAAAAAAAAUAGUUAAAUCUUAAAAAUGACAGAGUGGUCUGGUAGGUCUGUGGGAUGUAAUUGUAAUUGAUUGCUACAUUUGACGGCAUUUCGUAAAAGAAGAACAUGAUCUUUAAAACCAAUAUACACAAAAACAUAAAAAAAAGAAUUUCACCCUGCAAUUUAAUUAUUAAAAUAAACCUGUAUUUUUAAAUGUACUCUUUCACAUCCUCUGUGUAAUAACACAUUCUCACCAGAGAGGUCUCUAAAUCCCCAAAUCCCCAAACUCACAGACUGUACCUUUAAGUCUAAUUUUUCAGUAACCACUAUGUAAUUGUUAUAACAAUAUUACAAGUUAUGUAAUAAGCAGUGAAGAAAUGAACAGCAAAUGAACCUGCACAAAUGUAUUCACUUACUUUAAUUCAAGCGCAUACAUCAUUUCCAUUGAAUAAAAUAUGUUAAUACUGUAAUAUAGUUUUAUUCAUGUGGAAAUUAUGUUGAAAAUUGAAUCAAUUAAACUCUGCCAUUGUCUUCUCUGUCUUUCUCGCUGCCUUUUGAAAGGGAGUCACCGCUUUGCAUUUCAAUGAAAUAGGCUGAGAUCUUUUAGGUUUUAAGGACCUAAUCCGUGAUUUCUGGGUGUAAUUUAGUGUUUUUAAUGGUACGACCUAUUAUUGAAUACUUAUUAAUUAUUCAGAAAGUACUUUUGAUUGUCCAGUACCUAAUAUGAAAUGAAUACAUAACAAAUAACUAGUUUGAGGGCAAAGAACUACAUGCUUCAAAUGCAUUUUACACCUCUGUUUAAAAUGGUCAUGGGAACACUUUUGACCCAUGAUAUUUGUCUGUUUCUGAAUAAAGGAAUGCUUUGAA